AUGGGAGAUGAAGAUAAAACAAUUGAACAUGAAGAUUUCAGACCAUCCACAGAAAUGGACCACACAGCUUCUACAUAUCAAGAAACACAGGAGGAAACAGUUAUGAACUCCAAAGCAUUGGAUGCAAAAGAACCAACAGAAGGAAGUAACUUACUGAAUAGCAGUGAAAAAAAGCUACCAGAAAUACCAACUGAAUCAAGUAACUUGCAAAGACUAAGACACACAUUUGCUUGCCCUCCACAUGGCUUGCUGGCUAGAGGAAUAACAAAUGUUACCAUGGUUGUUCUUCUCUGGGCUGUCGUUUGGUCAGUUACUGGCACCGAAUGUCUUCCUGGAGGAAACCUAUUUGGAAUUAUAAUCCUAUUCUAUUUUGCCAUUAUUGGAGGUAAACUUUUUGGGCUCAUUAAGUUACCUACAUUACCUCCACUACCUCCUCUUCUAGGCAUGCUUCUUGCCGGGUUUCUUAUCAGAAAUAUCCCCAUCAUCAGUGAUAAUGUACAGAUCAAGCAUAAGUGGUCUUCCGCUUUGAGAAGCAUAGCCCUGUCUAUCAUAUUGGUUCGUGCUGGCCUUGGGCUUGACUCAAAGGCCCUGAAGAAGCUGAAAGGUGUUUGUAUAAGACUCUCCAUGGGGCCUUGUCUUGUGGAGGCAUGCACAUCUGCUCUUCUGGCCCACUUCCUAAUGGGUUUACCGUGGCAAUGGGGCUUUAUCCUGGGUUUUGUUUUAGGUGCUGUGUCUCCAGCUGUCGUAGUGCCUUCAAUGCUCCUUUUGCAGGAAGGAGGCUACGGGGUUGAAAAAGGCGUCCCAACCUUACUCAUGGCUGCUGGCAGCUUUGAUGAUAUUCUGGCUAUCACUGGCUUCAACACAUGCUUGGGCAUGGCCUUCUCCACAGGCUCCACAGUGUUUAAUGUUCUCAGAGGAAUUUUAGAAGUGGUCAUUGGCAUGGCAACUGGAUCUCUUCUUGGAUUUUUUAUUCAGUACUUUCCAAGCAGUGAUCAGGACAAACUUGUACAGAAGAGAGCAUUUCUUGUUUUGGGGCUGUCCGUGCUAGCUGUGUUCAGCAGCGUGUAUUUUGGUUUCCCUGGGUCAGGAGGAUUGUGCACAUUGGUCAUGUCCUUCCUUGCAGGUUUGAGAUGGGCCAGCGAAAAGGCAGAGGUUCAAAAAAUUAUUGCAGUGGCCUGGUACAUCUUUCAGCCCCUUCUCUUUGGACUGAUUGGAGCAGAAGUAUCUAUUGUAUCUCUCAGACCAGAAACUGUAGGCCUUUGUAUUGCCAUCCUCGGUAUUGCAGUAUUGAUACGGGUUUUGACAACAUUUCUGAUGGUGUGUUUUGCUGGUUUUAACAUAAAGGAAAAGAUAUUUAUUUCUUUUGCAUGGCUUCCGAAGGCCACAGUCCAGGCUGCCAUAGGAUCUGUGGCUUUGGACACAGCAAGAUCACAUGGAGAGAAACAGUUGGAAGAAUAUGGAAUGGAUGUGUUGACCGUGGCAUUUUUGUCCAUCCUCAUUACAGCCCCAAUUGGAGGUCUACUCAUUGGUUUGCUGGGCCCCAGGCUUCUCCAGAAAGCUGAAAAUCAAAAUAAAAAUGAAGAAGUUCAGGAAGAGACUUCUGUACAAGUUUAG